UGACUUUAAUACCUGUUGUAACGUUACGUCAUUGAGGCGUCCUCGCGGGGACAGAGGAACCAACGUGUGUGUGACGUCACGGGGUCGUUUCCGCUGCGGAAGCCGCCGCCGCUUGUAAACAAAGCAGUUCAGCGGCAGCAGCGGCGGGUCUGAUGGAGGUCUGAUCAGAGCCGAGGUGAACCCGGUCCCGUUCAGCCGACAGUCCGUGUGAUGGAGCGCCGCUGCGACUGAGUCGGAACCAGCAGCAACAUGUCUAUGGAAGACCCGUUCUUCGUCGUCAAGGGAGAGGUACAGAAGGCAGUGAACGCAGCUCAGAGCCUCCAUCACAGAUGGUGCGAGCUGCUACAGGAGGGGGGCGGAGCCUCCAAGGAGGAAAUGGACUGGACGACCAAUGAGCUGAGGAACAGCCUGCGUUCCAUCGAGUGGGACCUGGAGGACCUCGACGAGACCAUCAGCAUCGUUGAGUCCAACCCAAAGAAGUUCAACCUGGACGCGGCCGAGCUGUCGAAAAGGAAAGCCUUCAUCACCAGCACCAGACAGACUGUCAAGGAAAUGAAAGAUCAGAUGUCGAUUCCAGCUGCUGCCUCAGUGGACAGAAAGAACAAACAGGCUCUGCUCGGCGAGCGUGGUGCUCAGGGUCCGAUCUGGCAGCCUGAUAAAUACGUCCGACUGGAUCAGCAACUGCAGAAGGCCAACACUCAGUUUAUAGAGGAGCAGCAGGGCCAGCAGCAGCUGAUAGUGGAGCAGCAAGAUGAACAGCUGGAGCUCGUGUCAGGAACAAUCGGAGUCCUGAAGAACAUGUCGGAGAGGAUCGGCAUGGAGCUGGACGAACAGUCUGUGAUGUUGGACGACUAUCACGAGGUGGACAACACUCAGUCCAGAUUGGACAACGUCAUGAAGAAACUGGCCAAAGUGUCUCACAUGACCAGCGAUCGUCGUCAGUGGUGCGCUAUCGGCGUGUUGCUCGCCAUCCUCUUCGUUGUCAUCCUCCUCUUCUUCAUCCUCUGAUUGAGGCCUCUUCCUGUCAGCACAGAACUCGUCUUAAUGCUGUGUCUACACGUCUACUGGACUCUACUGGACUCUACUGACCCCUACAGACCUCUGCUGAGCUUAUCAGGACUAGACUGGACUGGAGAAAAAAAGAAAGAAAGU